AUGCCAUUCAAACUAUCUAAUUUAUUUUAGGUAGUAUGCCUAAAGUAUAGCUGUCUGAAGGCAAUCUAGAAUAGAACAAAAAUUAUUUAGCAGUGUAUCUAUAUAACUUUGGAAAUUGAAUAAAAUCACACUAAAAAUUGCCAAAAUGUUUAUUUAACUUUUAUGCAUUCUAAUUUUUAAUUACUGUAAAUACAUUACAGAAAUGAAAUUAAUAUCCUGGACAUCAAUACUCUUCUAAUAUUUUAUUAACUAACCUAGAUUUUCUAAUUCUUGUUGAUUUUGCUUCCUAUAAGCCAAACCUAUUUAAAUGAAUUAAAAAUCAUUAAUAAUAUUUAGAAAUCACCUAUUCAAAAAUGCACAUUAGCUCCUGAGAAAUAUUCUGAUUUAUAAGAAAUUCAGUACAUAAAUAAUCCUAUGAAACGAUAGGUUUAUUAUUUAUAAGUCAUGGACAUGUUUUCAGCUGGAAAUGUAUUAGCUGAAAUAUUUACUGGAGAGAGUUUAUUUUCACUAGAAUAAUUAUUACAACAAGAAAUUUUACAAGUGCUUAUUUCUCAAUAGUUUAGCUCGAUGUAUUUCUCAAGAUUUAUAAAUACUAUUUGA